AUGCGUCUUAUGGCGUGUGGGCGGCGAAUAAGCCGGGGUCUCUCCCCAUUAGUUCAAUCCGCCCUGAUCGCUGGGGGGUCAAGGCGCGGGUUUAAUUUAGAUCCCCGCGGGUGGAUAUCCUCCCCGGAGGGCCGGAGCAGCUUCGACAAACUCGAAGAGACGAUGCCGGAGAUUUUCGAAGACCAGCCGGAGGCUGUGGAGGAUUACAUCAGCCCGGAGAAAACCACCUUUGAGCGCAUCGAGGACUUUUGGGAUUGGGCGGUGGGGUUUAUGCAGCCCGUGGAGAAGCAAAUCGACCUGAUGCGAGGGUUGCUCCACGAGGGCUUGUGGGGCUUUCACCUUUUUGGAAGUUGGGGGGCGGUUUUGUUGUUUUAUGGCGCUUUUCUCCGGUUGUUGACCCUAACCGCGUCGUUGUAUAGUCACCGCAAUAUGCUACGACUAGGCCAAAUCGGCCCUCAGCUGUCCGAGCUCAACUCCCAACAGAGCAGAUCGCGAGGCGAUCGCAGCCUGUCCACCGCGGAGAAGCGCAUCGUGAAGGAUGGCUAUAAACGAUUAAAGGCCGCCCUGAUGCACCGCCAUCGCUGUUCGCAGUCGCGAAGUUUCUUGACGGCCCUCACCGCCCCGUUGACGAUGUCCGCCUUUAUCGCCGCGCGACGCCUGGCUUUGGACGAGGACGACCUCCACGGCGUGUCUUUCUGUUGGGUUAAGGACCUCACCCAGCCGGACCCGACCUACGCCCUCCCCGGGCUCUGCACGGCGAUUUUUUUGGGAAAUUUCGAAUUCAAUCAGCGCCUCCAGCGCGGCGGGCGAAGCCCGUCGAGUCUGUAUAUUCGAUGGGGCAUGAGAGCAGGGACGGCGGUCGGGCUUUACUUGCUCAUUCACCAGCCGGCGGCGAUGUUUGUGUAUUGGAUCGGGCUUUCCACGGUGGGGAUUUUGCAGCCGAUCCUGCUUCGCUGGCAGCCGUUUCGCGAUUUUUGGGAAUUCCCCGACCCCCCGCAGGCUGCCCGGCAAAACAUCGUCGCGAGACUAAAAGGGCCCUCGCUCUAUGAGCGGUGGUUCGCCACGAAGGAGGAGAAGCUGCGGCGGGAACGAGAGCGCCGCGCGGAAUAUGCGCGACUUUCGACAAAAAAGUUUGAAACAAUUAACGAUUACGAGGUGAUCUUUGACUCCCCCCCUGCUGAGUCGUCCGUAAAGCCGGCGUUUGGAUACACGCCAAAGAAAUGA